CGGGGUCCCCCUCCCCCUCCCCCCUCUCCCCCCAGGCCUCGCGCGCCCCGGACCGGCCCCCCCUUUCCCCUCCCCCUUCGCGCCGCCGCUGCCGCGAUGCCCCCCCCUGCGCCCGGGGCCCGGCUCCGGCUUCUCGCCGCCGCCGCCCUGGCCGGCCUGGCCGUCAUCAGCCGAGGGCUGCUGUCUCAGAGCCUGGAGUUCGGCUCUCCUGCCGACAACUACACGGUGUGUGAAGGCGACAACGCCACGCUCAGCUGCUUCAUUGACGAGCAUGUGACCCGAGUGGCCUGGCUGAACCGCUCCAACAUCCUGUACGCGGGCAACGACCGCUGGACCAGCGACCCGAGGGUGCGGCUGCUCACCAACACGCCCGAGGAGUUCUCCAUCCUCAUCACCCAGGUGGGGCUGGGCGACGAGGGCCUCUACACCUGCUCCUUCCAGACCCGCCACCAGCCGUACACCACUCAGGUCUACCUCAUCGUCCACGUCCCUGCCCGCAUCGUGAAUAUCUCUUCGCCUGUGACAGUGAAUGAGGGGAGCAACGUGAACCUGCUUUGCCUGGCUGUGGGACGGCCAGAGCCCACGGUCACCUGGAGGCAGCUCCGAGACGGCUUCACCUCCGAAGGCGAGAUCCUGGAGAUUUCCGACAUCCAGCGGGGCCAGGCCGGGGAAUACGAGUGCGUGACGCACAACGGGGUUAACUCCGCGCCGGACAGCCGCCGAGUGCUGGUCACAGUCAACUAUCCUCCGACCAUCACCGACGUGACCAGCGCCCGCACGGCUGUGGGCCGGGCCGCCCUCCUGCGCUGCGAAGCCAUGGCGGUGCCCCCCGCGGAUUUCCAGUGGUACAAGGAUGACAGACUGCUGAGCAGUGGCACGGCCGAGGGCCUGAAGGUGCAGACGGAGCGCACCCGCUCGAUGCUUCUCUUCGCCAACGUGAGCGCCCGGCAUUACGGCAACUACACGUGCCGCGCAGCCAACCGGCUGGGAACGUCCAGCGCCUCCAUGCGGCUCCUGCGCCCAGGAUCCCUGGAAAACUCAGCCCCGAGGCCCCCAGGGCCCCUGACCCUCCUCUCCGCCCUGGGCUGGCUGUGGUGGAGGAUGUAGGAAGAACCCAGUGCCGCUGGAGUCCCCCUGCGAGGGGGGCCUGAGGCCGAGAGCGAGAGAAGCAGGGGGAGCAAGCGCCGUGGGUCUCGAGGGGCGGAGGAGCUCUCGGCCGCUGAGGAAGAAGAGGAAAAGGAAGAGGAGGAGGGAAGAUCUAUAGAGAACCCAUCACUGUGAGGGAUAACGCAAAAUUAUGCAUCUUUCUACAGCCAUUCUCGCCACCGUUCACCUUUCCGAUUGUGACCCACCCCUGGCCACCCCCACACCCCUCUCUUAGCUCAGGCUGUCAACUGGAUCGCGCGCGUGUGGUGGGUGUGAGCGUGAGCGCGUGCGUGUGUGUGCAUGUGUGUGUGUGUGUGUGUAUGGAUGGGUGGGUGGGUGGGUGGGGAAGGGGGCUCAGCACCCUUCCCUCCUGGACACCCCCCCAACAUCCACUGCCCCCAUCCCCGCUGUCUCUCACCUCUGGCUGGAGGUAGGUAUGGGGGUCUUCUUGCUGGAAGUUGUGAGG